CUCAGCCAGCAGUAUCGGCGGAGAUGUUUCCGGCUGCAGUCCUUCAGGUAUGACAGAAGCGUUCAGCCGCUCGUCUUCAGGUGUGACAGAAACAUGCUGACGUUCAGGACGCUGCACACCGCCACAGUGAGCCGAGGACCGAUCGUCCAGUUCAAACUGUCCGACAUCGGGGAAGGAAUCAUGGAGGUGACGGUGAAGGAGUGGUACGUGAAGGAGGGAGAUAAGGUUUCUCAGUUCGACAGCAUCUGUGAGGUUCAGAGCGACAAGGCGUCCGUCACCAUCACCAGCCGUUACGACGGGGUCAUCAAGAAACUCUACUACGACGUGGACGCCAUCGCCCUCGUGGGCAAGCCGCUGGUCGACAUCGAGACGGAGUCCAGCUCAGAGGUGAUCCAGGAGGAGGACGUGGUGGAGACGCCCGCCAUGGCCCAAGAAGAACACACCCACCAGGAGAUCAAAGGUCACAAGACCCAGGCCACGCCCGCCGUCAGACGCCUCGCCAUGGAGAACAACAUAAAGCUCAGUGAGGUGGUGGGCACGGGGAAAGAUGGUCGGAUCCUGAAGGAGGACAUCCUGAACUUCCUGGCAAGGCAGACCGGAGCCAUCAUACCUCCGACCUUAUUCCAGGAGAUCCAGACUCCGCCCCCGGCCACGCCCCAAGCAGCUUCUGUUGCUAGGCCUGUAAGCACUCCAGUCGCCGUCAAAGCUCCACCCACAACACCCAAACCUGUCUUCACUGGAAAGGACGUGACAGAGCCACUGAAAGGUUUCCACAAAGCGAUGGUGAAGACGAUGACGGCGGCGCUGAAGAUUCCUCACUUCGGGUACUGUGACGAGGUGGACCUGAGCCGCCUGGUCACUCUGAGAGCAGAGCUCAAGUCCAUGGCCGAGUCCCGGGGGAUCAAACUGAGCUACAUGCCCUUCUUCAUCAAGGCCGCCUCCAUUGGCCUCCUGCACUUUCCAAUCCUGAACGCCUCGGUGGACGAAGGCUGCCAGAACAUCACGUACAAGGCGUCUCAUAACAUCGGCCUGGCGAUGGACACGAUUCAGGGUCUGCUGGUUCCAAACGUGAAGAACGUUCAGCUACUCAGCGUGUUCGACAUCGCUCUCGAGUUAAACCGUCUGCAGACACUCGGCGCCGCAGGUCAGCUGGGGACCAACGAGCUGAGCGGGGGGACCUUCACCCUGUCCAACAUCGGAUCAAUUGGAGGGACGUACGCUAAACCCGUCAUUCUGCCUCCUGAAGUCGCAAUCGGAGCUCUGGGAAAAAUCCAGGUUCUUCCUCGGUUUGACGCCGUCGGUCAGGUGGUCCGAGCUCACAUCAUGAACGUCAGCUGGUCGGCCGAUCAUCGGAUCAUUGACGGCGCCACCAUGUGUCGCUUCUCCAACCUGUGGAGGGAGUACCUGGAGAACCCAGCCACCAUGGUGCUGGACCUCAAAUAAACAGAGAGCAAUAUUUCCCAUCAGCCCCGGGAGAUGUGGCCGCCCCACACACACACUGACCAUAACUCCUCCCCCCAACGCCUUCGCUUCCUCUUUCUGUUCGGGGCCUUCAGUCACUAACACUGUCACUUCCUGUUGCCUUUGAGCAAGGCGCCGGGAGGAGGAGGAGUCCGCAUGUCAAUCAUGAUGUUUCCAUGACAACUAAUACAACACACACACACACACACACACACACAGUUAGAUGCUGUGUAGUUACCCAGCAGCUGGUUUGAGCUCCUCUGAACUUUGGUCAUAGUUUUAAUCUCACAGUUUGUUUUUAAUGUUUCAGAAAAUAAAAAUCCUUCAGAUCAGUGAUGACAGAUUCUCUCUCUAAUGUAACAAACAGGUUAAGGGGUGGAGCCAGCUGACGGCAGGUGACAGGAAGUGAUCAACCAGGGUCAGCAGUGAUUAGUUACAAUGAAACUGUUUAUUUUUCUGUCAUCAAGACAGAGGGACCAAUCAGGAUUCAGUUCAGAUGUGGCAUCAUCAGAGGAGGUUAACCUGAGAGAGCGGGAGGUAAAGCUGGUCAGGUUGGUGUGACAUCACAGGGUUGUCCUGUGGAGAGUGUAGCGUCAUCACACAGCCAAUCAGCUGCUCAGGAUUUUUGUAGAUAAGAGAAGCUAACAGGCUGCUCGUAUACGUCAUCUUUCAAACAUCAACAGGAGACUCGUCACUGAACACCUGAAGACGGGUCUGUCGCCCCCCCGCAGGCUAAACUGAUGUCACAGCUAACUCUAACCCUCGUUACAGAGACGUGUUCAAAUGUUCAUACCAAGGGUGUCACGAUAUCAGACUUUUGACCUUUAAAAUGUGUCCAGUAGAAAUCAAAGGUUAUCUAUAGUUGUUUGGAUGAAACGACAACAAAUACAGAAGUCCCAGACGCCUGACAUCGAGUCAUUUCUUUUUAAUUUCCUAAACCUGCAGACAAACUCAUGAACAUUAAAACAGACUAUUUUCCCCUCUGAGGUCACAUGAUGAAUAAAUAAAGUUCAGGGGAGUGUUUCAGCUCUCUGUCCUGGUCUCCCUGGUCCAGGGGGCUGCUGGGUAAUGAGUACACACUGUUAGUCUGAUGUUACAUGUUUGUUUGUUUGUUUUUAGCGACAGACUAAAUGUCAGAGUAUAAAAUGAACUGUUGGUUUUGUAUUUUGGGAUUGUGUAGAUGAGAAACGGUUUGAUGAAAAACUUUAAAUAAAGUUGACGUGCACAAACAUGAAAA